AUGGCCCCAUCAGCUGUAUCAGGCAUUGUCACAGACCAGACCGGCGCCAGCUACGAUGCCCAGGCCGCCACGGAUCUUCCAGCGUCCUCGACCGGUGUUUUGCCCACUCCUAAAUUUGCUGAUCCCCUCGAAGAGCGGGAGUACUUAAAGGGCAGAUUGGCCUUGGCCUUUCGGAUCUUUGCCAAGCUUGGGUUUGAUGAAGGGGUAGCUGGACAUAUCACGGUUCGGGACCCCGUCGAACCAACAAGCUUCUGGGUGAACCCAUUUGGCGUGGCGUGGCCUUUGCUGAAAGCCUCAGACCUCAUCCGUGUCAACUCUGAAGGCAAGAUUGUGGAUGGUGGUCCCGUCAAGUUGCUCAACACUGCAGCAUACCUAAUCCACCAUGCCGUGCAUGUGGCUCGACCAGACAUUAACUGCGUCGCCCAUUCUCACUCCAUCUACGGGAGGGCAUUUUCGGCGCUUGGUCGCCCGCUCGAAAUCAUUACGCAGGACUCUUGCGCCUUCUACAAUGACCUAGCAUUUUACGAUUCCUUCGGUGGCAUUGUUCUUGGAGCGGACGAAGGCCGUGACAUCGCCGCAAGCCUGGGCAACAAAAAGGCUGCCAUCUUGGCCAAUCAUGGCCUUCUCACGACUGGCCAGUCCAUCGAGGCUACUGUGUUCUGGUUCAUGAGCCUCGAAACUUGCUGUCGGGUGCAGCUUCUUGCAGACGCAGCAGCGGCAGGGCGGGGUGGAGAAUUGGUCAAAAUUGGUGAUAAGGAGGCUGCUUUCACUCAUGCAACUGUUGGUAGCGAGAUUGCAGGAUGGUUUUCUGCUAAGCCUACCUUCAGCCUUAUGGAGAGAGAGGCAGGAAAGGAUUAUGCUUUAUAA